UACUCUUCGACACUGUCUGCAUAUACUCAAACAAACAUGUCAACCACAGAGGUAAAACCCUCCGCCGCUAAAAACCCUAAAAAAGCUCGGAAUCCAUCACUGGGACCGAAGAAAGAUUUGAAGAAGAAGAAGAAGAAGACUAAGAAGUCUAAAGCUCCCGCCUUUGAUGACAACACCGUCGAAAGAAACGACCAGAGCGACGGCGAGGAACAACAACCCGCAUCUGGCUCUGAGCAGCUAACCUUCUUCUUAAAGCAGCUCGAAUCCGCCAUUGGUGUCAGGGUCUCUGCUUUAGAGCUCGAUCCCAUUAAAGACAAGUGUGUAGUUGAGUUAUCUGAGAAGUUGGAUCAGAAUGUUAGCAACUUGGGAGAGCAUAUAAAGAUGUGUUGUGGGUCUUCGUGGAGAGAGACUCUUUGUGAAGGAGAGGCUAUUGAAGGGAAAGUUGAUCCUGGAAACCCAGCUGUUCUCGUUGUUAGCUCCUCUGCUCUGAGAUCUUUGGAACUUCUAAGGGGUUUAAAUUCACUGACUAAGCAAUGUCCAGCUUUGAAGCUCUUCUCAAAGCAUUUGAAGGUUGAGGAACAGGUAACUCUGUUGAAAAAACGGGUCAAUAUUGGUAGCGGCACACCGAGUAGAAUCAAAAAGCUAAUCGACAUAGAGGCAUUAGGGCUUUCACGUUUAGAUAUGAUUGUGCUUGACUUGCACACUGAUGUCAAGGGAUUUUCCUUAUUCACAUUGCCCCAAGUCAGAGAUGAGUUUUGGGAUUUGUAUAAGACAUGCUUCCACCAGAGAGUGCUAGAAGGAAGUCUACGCAUCUGUCUGUAUGGUCCAAUGCCAGCAGCUCCAAAGCUUAAGAACAAUAAGAAACAGAGACAAAACCAGGAUUGAGCUAUAGCAAAUUCUACUCAAAUUUUGAUAUAUUUAGCUCUAGUUUUGCUAUGUUUGAUUUGUUUUUUUACUAUACAGAGAGUGAGUGAAUCUUUUGUUAAUUAGUGUUCUUUUAACAACAGCUUGUGAGAUACAAUGUUCUGUUAAUUAGUGUUCUUUUGGCAUAAAGUAAAGAUUCA